AAAAUGGGGUUUUUGAAAAUUCCAGCUUUCAUUGCAUGCAUGCUUGUGUUUUCGAUGGCUCUAUGUUGUAAUGCUCAGAACUCACCACAAGACUUCCUGGACGCCCACAACGCCGCUCGCGCCGCCGUGGGCGUGGGGCCCAUGGUGUGGGAUGCGGCGGCGGAAGCGUACGCUCAGAACUACGCCAACAUUCGGUCCGCAGACUGCAGCCUCACCCACUCCGGAAGCUUCACGUACGGCUUCGGCGAAAACUUAGCCGCGGGUGGCGGCCCCUUGACGGGGAAGUCGGCGGUGGACAUGUGGGUUGCCGAGCAGAAGUACUAUGACUACGCCACCAAUUCUUGCAACGCGCCGGCGGGGGAGUCGUGCGGGCACUACACGCAGGUGGUUUGGAGGAAGUCGGUGAAGUUGGGAUGCGCUAGGGUUAAGUGCACCAACGGUGCCGGACACUUUGUUAUCUGCAACUAUUCUCCUCCGGGCAAUUAUAUUGGCCAGAUCCCCUACUAAACUUUUAUAUAUAUAUUGAAUAAGUAUUCAUACAU